AAAAGGUAACAGGUUGUAUUUGGCAAGCACUUCACUCAUUCAAGGUUGUUGGUUUGUGUCAUGGAAGCUGUCACUGAAACACAUUUCAUGAAGAGAGCUACAGAAGUGGAUAGAAAACGCACUAACUAACACCAGCUUGCACACUUCACACCGACUGUAGCAUGUCUGCAUCAGCCUCGGGUAGAAAAACCCCAGUGGAUUAUGGGGUUCAGAUCCGCUUCAUAAAUGACCUGCAAGAUACAGGAGGUGGAGGGCGUCGAGACGGCUCGGGGAAAUCCUCGUCCCGCUAUGGCGUGGCUGUCAGGGUGCAGGGCAUCGCGGGCCAGCCAUAUGUAGUGCUCAAGGAUGGAAAGAAGGGAGACUCUUAUGGAGUUCAGCUCCGAAACCCAUCUUACAACAGCUUGCCCAGGAGGCGGGAGGAUGGAAUAGAGGAUGGUCAGUAUCUUUCCACCUCAGACGGCAGCUCGUUGCGACGGGCUCAGUCUCACGGCUCUCUGCUGGACCGAGAGAGUGACUACAACAACUCCGUAAACGAGUUUAGGCGCCCUAAUGGAGAUGGGCGCUCGGGCAGCUAUGCCAACUUGGAUGGCAGGAUCGGCGUAGGAAUGGAAAGGAACCAGUGGGGAGGCUCCCACCAAGCAGGGCUGAACGGCUCUUUAGAGAAGGAAAAUCUGAGAGGACUAGGCAGCUACUAUGAAUCUUCUUCUGACGCUGUUAAAACUCCACGUGACAGACGCACCAAAAGUGGAGGAAGCAGUUCUGCUGGACAAGCUGGCGGUGUCGGGGGCUCCUCCAGGGGGCGCACUCCUGGUGUCAGUGCAGGAAACGGGCCUAAUGCUGCAACUUCUGUCCUUUCUUCUGCUCAGCUAGUGCCUCCAAAUGAAUAUACUUCUCCUCCAUCAUCCUCACCUGCUUCAGGUUACAGCAGACCGAGCCGAACCUCCGGAUCUUCCAAGAUUACAGCCAUGCCUUCCUCUGAUUUAAAUAAUGAUUGGUCCACAGUAGAUGCGCAUGUGACUCCUGAUCUUUUGAUGGAUCAAAGUCAGAGCUCAGGGUCGGAGUUCAGCAGCGAGGAGGAUCAGAUCCAGCAGAUAAUCUAUGGUGUUCUACGACAGGGGAGCAGCGAUAGCGAUGCUGCAAUCAAACGCAGAGUGCGAGUCAUCUGCGAUAAGAUCCAGGGGCUUAAGAUGAACAGAUCAGACCUUGUACUUAAGGCAGAGCUGGAACAGAGUCUGGAUGAAAAUAUUAAUCUGCAGGAACAGCUGAACAGGAAGAAGACGGAGUUAGAUCAGACACAUUCUGAAAUGAUUCAGUUACGUAUGGACAGAGAGAAUGCUGAGUCUCGUGUCAGACAGCUAGAGGACCAACUGACAGGGCUGCAAGAGGAGCUGAGGAGAGAGACGGGCAACAGAGCAGAGACGGACGUGAUGCAAGCGGAGUUGCUGGACCUGCGCAAUGAACUGGCUGAUAUGGUAGCACGUCACCAGAGGCUGGAGGACGCUCUGAGACAGAGAGAGCGGGAGCUGACUGCACUGAAAGGUGCCCUGAAGGAGGAGGUGUCCACCCAUGACAGAGAGAUGGAAACUCUUCGACAACAAUACAGCCAAGACAUGGAGAAACUAAGAACCAGCAUGGCACAGGUUUCUCAGUCUCAGGCAAGCAUAGAAGCAGAGCGCCAGCGUGUGAACUCUACAGUACGCUCCCUACAGCAACAGCUGGAGGAGAGCAAAGAGGAAGCCAGCCAUUGGAGGGAGCAGUUCCAGAGCACCAGAGAUGAGCUUCGCAGCACCAAACAAGAGCUUCUCCAGGCUCGUUUAGAUAAAGAAGAGUUUGAAGAGGAGCUAAAGGAGCUUCAGGAGAGACUGAACACAAUGAAACGGCAGAUCCCUGAUGAGAAACAAAGUGAAACUCUCAACCAGGAGCUGGAGCGUUGCCGUGCAUCCCUGAAGCAAGCAGAAGCCGAGGUAGAGAAACUAAAGAGGGACCUCGACAAGAAGACUAUGGAAAUUAUUUCAUUGAAGAAGACCAAUCAGGAACUGGAUGCCGAGCAAAAAUAUGAGAUCAACAGGCUAAAGGACCAAUCACGGAAAGAUAAGGAGGAGCUGACUAAAGCUCAUGAGAAAACCAAGCAGCUUGCCGAUCCUGCACUGGUGGAGUCUCUGCGUGGGGAAAUGCGUGCUGUACGUGGAGAGGCAGAGCGUCUGCGCAGUCAGCUGCUUUUGGCUGAGGAGGAUCUACAGAAAGAAAGAGAUAGACUCGCCUCAUCCCAAUCAGAAAUGAACACGGUCUCAAAUGAACGAGAGGCAAUGGAGGAGGCUAAUGCACGCCUCAAAGACAAACUUGCACGUCUGGAGUCCACUCUGCAACAACAAGUUUCACAGAACCUGGAGGAAGAGCAGGAGCUGCAGUCGGAGAACAGGAAGCUGAGGCAGCAGCUGGAAGAGGCCAAACGCAGCAGCACCAAACUGAGCCAGGAAAAAGAAGAAGCACUGAGAGCACUGGAGGAGCGGGACAAGGAGAGGGAUGCUCUCCGCAAGGAAAACACACAGCUGGACGAACAAAAGAAACAGCACGAAAAGACAGUGGACAAACUCAACAAAGAGAUCGAGCGGUUGGCUGCUGAUUCGAGUGUGUCUGUGCGACUGGUACAGUCUCAGUUUGAUGAGCAGAAAGAAAAGUGGAAGAAGGAGCAGCAGGAACUGCAGAAGAUCAACAAGGAGAAAAUCAGUGAGCUGGAAAAAACCCAGAUCACUCUGCGAUCUCUCCAGGAGGAGUUGUCUCGUCAGAAGAAAGAGCUGCAGUCGUUCUGUGAGGAAAAGGAUAAUGCUGUUCUGGACAGAGAGAUGUUCAUAAACCGCAUCAAACACCUGGAGGGAGAGCUGGAGAGCCAACGCAACACAUUCAACGAUCGUGCCCGUGACAUACGCAGCAUGGAGGAUAAAGUGAAGCGCUUAGAGCUGGAGCUGGAUGAGGAAAAGAACAGCGUGGAGCUUCUCACAGACAGAGUAACCAGGAGCCGAGACCAGAUUGAGCAGCUGCGUUCAGAGCUAAUGCAGGAAAGAUCAUCCAAACAAGACCUAGAGCUGGACAAAAAUGCCCUGGAGAGACAGCUAAAGGAGUAUAAAUCCCGUAUAAAAGAUAUGGAGGGCCAGUCCCGUAGUUCCACUAAUGUUUCUCAGCUAGAGAGCAAACUACAGGAUUUGGAGGAGCGGCUACGUAAUGAAGAAAGAGAUAAAACUGCAGCACUGUCCUCACAACGCCGCCUGGAGAGGAAGUUGAAAGAGCUGACCAUGACCCUGGAUGAGGAUAGACAGCAGAUCACUGAGCAGAGAGACCAGCUUGCUCUGCGUGUGAAGGCAUUGAAGAGGCAGGUGGAUGAGGGAGAGGAAGAGAUAGAGCGGAUGGAGGGAUUGCGGAGGAAAGCAGUAAGAGACAUGGAGGAGCAAAUGGAACAAAAAGAUGCAUUGCAGACUCGAGUCACAGCACUGGAGAAUGAACUCAAGAGGAAGAUCCAGCAAGCCCGACACGUAUCAGUGGGCUCACCAGGUCUCAGCUCAGAUGAUGACGAUGAAGGCCUGUUUGACUCAUCCACCAUCACCUCCAUCCUCACAGAGAGCAAUCUACAGACCAGCUCCUGCUAGAUGGACAAGUGCACUCUGUGAUGAUUUGGGUGAAUGAGGAGUGACAUCAGAAAAUGAGAGACACUUUACACAGGUGGGAUUAGGGCAAGACUGAUUUUACUGUAUGCCUUUUGGCUCUGUUGUAAAUACUGGAAGUCAGAGGGAGUAAAAUUUAUUUAAUUGAGCGAGCCUUAUGAAGAAGUGGACACGCACUGUACAAACAUGCAUACUGUGCAAAGACUAAGAGCUGAAUAGAAAAUUUAUUUAGUUCAAAGUGUUUUGUAGUUUGCACUUACCUGUAUUCCAUAUAUACUAUAGUACUAUCGAUGUGAUGUGACUAGCUGUGUUGAGCAUAACUAUUAUUUAGCUGCGACUCUGAAAAUCGUUGAGUUUUAGUUAAGGAGUUUUGCAAGGAAAGCACAGCUAUCUUUCAAGAUGCUAUAUAUAUCUCUGACACACGCGUUGUGUUUGAUGCAACUUUGCAUGAAUCCUCAAUUUUUUUUUUUAUCUUAAACAAAUGUGUGUGUGUGUGUGUGUAUGUGUAUAUAUAU